AUGACUGGACUGAUUAGCGGAGGUCCUCUCCUGUUGUCAACCUGCCGAGGAAAUCGACGUGAGCUCUUGGCCGCCCGCUGCCGCAGAGAGCGACACCAGCACACCGCUCGGGAUUGUUCCUCGCCGACCAGUGUCCGAGGCUUCCGGGCACCUGAACACACCGUAACCGCUGUGUCUGCUGCGUAUCGAUAAACGUGAAACGUUCCACCGUGUGCUUGCUUUUUUUUUUUUUUUUUUUUUUUUUUUUGGGCUGCCUGUAUAAUGCCGGCACAUUUGCGUUUCCGGAGAAGGUCAUACCUUGGGCUUUUAUUCCUUUUCUCGCUCUCAACCUCGGCUCUUUAUUUCAUCUACUCCGCUCCUGGAAUCGUGAAUGAGUAUGUGUUCAUGGUCCAAGCCCGAGGGAUCCAGAUCAGAGAAAAUGUGAAGAAUAUCGGUGCUCAGGUCCUGGAGCAGGUGGUGAGAGGUGCCUACAGCAAUGGCACAGAUUACUCUUAUGACUUCAACAUGAGCGAAAGUGAUUCUCCUCCCACUGCAUACCUUCCUGAGGGCUUCACGUACCUCCCUUCACAAGUUUGCCCUGACAAGCUACCCUCCAUGAAGGGUAGGUUGGAGGUGAAUAUGAGUGAAGUGUCACUGGAGGAUGUGGAGAGAUCACUGCUGCAGGAAGAGUCUACUCUAGCCCCAGGAGGCCACUGGAAGCCCAAAGACUGUUUACCUCGCUGGAAGGUGGCAAUCUUAGUCCCGUUCAGGAACCGACACGAGCACUUGCCCAUCCUCCUGAGACAUCUGGUGCCAGUGCUACAGAAACAGCGGCUCCAGUUUGGCAUUUAUGUCAUAGAGCAGGCCGGCACGGAGCCAUUUAACCGAGCCAUGUUGUUUAACGUGGGCUACAAGGAGGCCAUCAGGGAUCUGGACUGGGACUGCCUGGUCUUCCAUGAUGUAGACCACCUCAUGGAGAACGACAGGAACUACUACGGCUGCACGGACAUGCCCAGACACUUUGCGGUCAAGCUUGACAAGUACUCGUACAUGCUUCCGUAUAAUGAGUUCUUUGGCGGUGUCAGCGGCCUAAGAGUGGGACAAUUCAAUAAGAUUAAUGGAUUUCCUAAUGCGUUCUGGGGCUGGGGAGGAGAGGACGAUGACCUUUGGAACAGGGUGCUGUACGCCAAUUACACCGUAAGCAGACCACAGGGAGAGCUGGGGCGCUACAUGUCCAUUGCACACCACCAUCGCGGAGAAGUCCAGUUCCUGGGCAGGUAUAGUCUUCUCCGCCACUCAAAGGAGAGGCAGAAAGUGGAUGGUCUGAACAACUUAAACUACUCCCCCCUAGUGUCCACAAGGCCUCUCUACACCAACGUCACGGUCAGCUUGAGCAGAAAUCUUGCACCUGUAGCCGACUACUGAUGUAGGCAUAGCUGGACUGAGAACCACCUGGGAAUCAAAAGUCCUCUGGGACAUCAGCCAUAUCUCACCAGUUGCGGCACUGCUGAAAAGCUUUUUAUUUUAUUUGUGCUUUAUUUCUUUUGUGGGUAUGCAAAAAGAAAAAAAGAAAAAAAAGGAGACUCAAAAUAUGCGUGUUGGCUAAAUCAUACAAGAAAAUAGGGAUAAAUGCUGCACUUGUUUGUGCCACAGUCCACCACUCCACUCAUCUGGGAUUAUCUAGUCUUCAGUGUCCACAUGCCUUUUGCACCAUUUUGGCCUUCAGCACCCAUCAAGUCAUUAAUUUCCUUCAUUGAGUCUGCGAUUAACUCAUCCCUGCACUUCAGUUUACAUUAGUUCUAUAAAAUAGGCCGUGAGACACGCCAGUCUUGCACGCGCGCAGCAGUUUGACUUAAAAGGUGAUGAUGUGGUCUCUUAUUUUGCUUUUGCACUUCUUACAGGAAUGCAGUAGUCCUGUGAAAACAUUUGCAUGUACACACACACACGCACACAACUUUUACCGCAUAGAAGCUUGCAGCUGGUUCUGCAAAAGGUAUGCCAAAAUCUACAAAUGAAAAGAACUAUGAAGGGUGUUUUCAAUCAUCUAUAUGUGAGCUAGUUUAUGCUAAAUUUAGAGUUUAUCAAUACCGUGCUAAUUUCUUACAUCUGUAUUUUACCCUGUGAACAUCCCAUUUGAAGACUGGGAUAUUUUCUGUUUGCGUUGUUGCUUUGGUUGCACGUGGCUGCCAGCGAGCGGCUACGGGUGGGAGAGAGUGUUGCUCAUCAUGUUAGCAAUAAGCUGUUAUAUCACAGAGACGACUUUAGGACCCGCCUGCCUCACGAUACAGAUGCAAUAGCACAGGUGCUAGCAUAUGCUCGCAUUGGACUACAGAGAGGGAACGAGUGCGUAUGUAAAUGUUGCGUUCGACGCACCUUUGCCUGAGUCAACAUGCCACCCAAACGAAGAACAAUGUCUUCUCAGAACCUCUGCAUGGCCGCGUGCCUGUCUGAGUAUGUUAGCGAGGGAGAGCCUAUGCAAACGGCUUGUAUGGAUCAUGUUGUCGUGUCAUCAGAGUCAGAGUGGCAGGAUUGACUUCAGACCCCACUUUGUUUGCGGUGUGUAAUCACAGACCCUUUUCUUUUUUUUUUUUUUUUAAAUGCGAUCGCCUCUGUUUUCACACGAGUGAACUGGAGGUAGAGAUACUUGAUUGCUGUCGCUAUCCAGAUGGUGUUUACAGAAGCUUUAGAUUUGUUAUUUGUCAGAUUGCAUAGUGUUUGAAAAUGUGAGCCCCUCCAAACCCGCCUGCUGUAAAUCUCUUUAACAAUAUAUAGUUGCCUGCCUUUAGUGAUAUUAUUUUAAAGCUAAAAUCUCUUUCUCGCUGACCAUAAUAUUUAGGCAUCAGCUUCUAUACCAUCGAUUGUCAACCCUGUCAGGUUGUUUUGUCGAGUGGCGUGCAGUCCAACAUUGUGCUUUAAAACACUAGCUGAUGCUCUGCAAGCACACAGCAGUCAAAUAAUCGCCCUUCUUUGAUUUGUGUGCGCUUUACAUUUACCAUCUCAACCGAAAUAUUGGGUCCUUGAAUACAAAAUAUAUAUAAUACAGACAUCCUGUUCACUGUCUGUCCUCUAGUCACAAAGCUACUCCAUUUCACAUAAAUCGCCUUGUAUGCUUUUCAGAUGUAUGUGUUUCUUUUGUGAGGGGGAGGGGGGUGAAUUACUUUUGUUCCCACAAUGAGGCUGGACCUCUUUUUAUUUAUUUGAUCUCAUAUGGAUUAUUUUCUAUAAUUGUUUCAGUUUUUGUUUUUCUAAUUUCUAAUAAUGACGUGACGUUAUGACAGGCUGUGUUAGAUGCACUGAAUCGCGUAGUCGUGUGUGUAUUUGUGUGGGGUUGUGAGGUUCGGAUCCUGUGUUCAAACCUGGGAGCUGCUUUAUUUCAUGCAGAUGCGAGGUCUGAUGAAAUAGACCGGGACCCGUUUAAGAUGGUGUGCGUUAAUCUGCUCAGCAGACACGUCUGAGGACGCCAUUUUGUGUGACAACCGCAGGAAGAGCAAGAAAGCAAAUUAAGUGUUAGCUGUCCAUGUCUUUCAGUGAGCACCUCCAUUUAAACAAAGUAAUAUAAUCAGUGGCGCUGACCUAUUUGAAAGCUUCUUCCUCACAAGUGUCCGUUGUGCUUAUUCCAACUAAUUCCAAGCACUCGUGGCAACCAGUACCAACAGUAUAAUCAUCCGUAUCCAACUGUCUCACAUCAACAAAUCUACCCACAUCUACAAGUGUAUGGGGGGGGGCUAUUUGGCAGUAGAAUGGAACCUCAGGUUUAUUUGAUAAAUCCACAAAGUCUGACUAAAAUCGAAUUAUACAAAAACCAAAGCAAUAUUUACCAUAGGAAAUAAUGUAAAUCCAAUUAAUUCAUUCCAGCCAUCCAAAAGUAUUUACAACCAAAAAAAAUAUGGAUUAACUACAGCAUUAUGUACAAAAACUGUUAAAUACAUAUAAAUAACUAAUGAAGUGGAUAAAUGGACAUUUAACAUCACUUUUACCUUUAGUGAAGAUGCUUGAUGGCGUAAACCGCAAGGAGGGGAGUUUCUGGCCUUCUUUAGCAAAUGGCUGGCACUCAGAAAUUAAUCUUGUGCUGUGGAAAAAAGGGUUCAACAGACGUCAUUGCGUAGUCCACAAUGCAAGCUUUUAUUAACAAGUCUCCCGGUCUGCUUGGCAACACUCAGCGUAACAUCCUGUCAAAAAUAUGGCAUUCAAAAUAAAAGCACAACCGUAUAAUAACAGUUACGUCACACUUUAUUUGACCCUGUGGUGGCUUAUUUAGCAGUCACACUCAAACUAUUUUGUGCUUAUUGAGUGUGGCGGUUAAGAAAAUGCGGUAAAACUGUUAUUAUACUCCUCGCUUUUAUUUUGAAGGUCUGACUUACGACAGCACAGAUGUUCCCUGAUUGUUGCAGAGCAAACCGGGAGGGUUGUUAAAAUAAGCUUGCAUUAUGGAAUACAAUACACCUUGGCCUCCGUUGAACGCGUCACAUACAACUUACAAAAUCAGAAGAACCUGCAUCAAUUCCAGGAACUAAAUGGCCAAAGUCAAAGCACGUCUUAACCCAGCGCUAAAGAAGUGCUCAGUGGCAGUCAUGGAUAGUCCCAGCAUUUGUGUAAAACAUCAAAGCUUCUCCAUGCGUGUUUGAGUGAAAUGGCAAAACCCUUCAGAGGUGCAACUGCACUAUUUCUAGAGUUGCGGUUUUCGUAGUUUUCUUUUCCUGCACUGAUAAUGAUUUAUAGGAGCCUGGUAGUUCGCAAACUCAGCAGGUUCUUUUUUUUUUCCUCGACACUUACAUGAUACAUUGUAUAUCUUUUACUUUAUCAUUGCUUGAAAUUAAAAGCUCAAUGGACAUGUAGAAAGAGCCAAAUGGUUGUUAGGAGCAUUCACAUGAAGAUUUGACACUGAUAUUGCUCGCUAUAGGAAGAGACCCGAUUGGUCAUAUAGUCAGUAUUGGGCUUUAUCUUCCACAAUGUAGAACAAGCAGCUUCAUCCGCCUGCUGAUGAUAUAAACAUGUUUGGGGUUUUUUUUCCCCCAUGACAGCUAGACUGGCUUUUAAACUCUAAAUCAGUCUGAACUCUCAUGCUUUUGUCCAAAGCAGGAAAUUGAUUGUUUUCAGUUGGCGAUAGGAGCAUGCUGGCCAGUCAUGUACCUCUUUUAUAUAUAUAUAUAUA